AUGAAAAAGCACGAGGUCGUCGUCGGCAAAAUAUGCAACCUCCCGGACAAAGACAAGAUCGAUCCCGUAUUCGCAGAGCGGUCUCACUCAAUCGAAGAUGGGUGUUUUGGUCAUCCUGUCGUGAUUCUCCAUGUCGGCGGCGGGGAAGGGGCUGGCACAGACGAGGUCAUGUUUUUGAUAAUAAGAUCAUUCAACGGCAAGGGUCUCGAUCAGCGCGUCCGAAAACCUUCCCUCCGCCGUAAAUAUCUCCCCAUCCACCCGAGUCCAGCCCACUCCGAGGCCAACAACGUCACCCUGUACCUCUCGCCCCAGAAUGCGCAGAUGCCGCGCCGCUCGUGGGUCAACGCGGCGGACCCGCAGUCGGUAGACUGGCGGAUCCUGCAGCCGUACUGGGCCAGGGGGAGACAGGUGUGCCUCACCAAAGCAUCGCGCGCGGACUUGCUGCAGUACAUGGUCGAUUGUAAUUUUGGGCCGAUUCCAUCGCCGGUGGGGACGAGGUCGACAAUUCGGAUGUCAAAGCAAGAGCUGAAGCGGGAGAGAUCGCUGACGCCGUUGUUGUCGAAGAUGGACAUGGAAAUGGAAUCGGAGUCAGCGGCGGCAUCGCUGGGCCUAUUGCUCCCUACGCCUCCUCCCUCACCAACACCGACACGGACACCGCAUCGAGGUUUACCCACAUACACCAACGUCUCCAACGUCGCCAACUCUUCGAGAGUAACACAGAACACACCUCCCCACGUCAGCCAGUCGACCCAGACGAUCAGCUAUUCGCAUACACCUCAACCUCCAUCUCCAUCUAGAUAUGUACCAUUCACUACACCCUCGCCUCUACCCACCUCUCGCACGGCUCCAUAUCCACCUCAACAGCGCCUCCAGAGCCACGUGGUAUCGUUCCAUCCCAUGCCCAUGCCAGGUGCAUACCCAGAACCAACAUCCACCGCGACUCGCACGAUUCGAGGAGAUACGCAACCCGUUCGCGCGACGAGAUACGACCAACCCUCCUACUACUACAACUACGGGACAUCGUACGACAGUGAAUCGUUACUCUCGACAACACGCAUGACGAGAGCGCCAACGACGUCGCGUGCACGAUCCCGGCAGUCACUCGGUGACAACCCACGCGCUUUCAUCUGCUGGUUCUUCUUUCUCCUACUCUUGGUGGCCACCGGUAUGUGCUGGUACUGGUCCUGGUCCUGGUACUGGUAG